AUGGGAAAAGGCUCAAAGUCACGAUCUAAGGAAGAAUCCAAGCCGCCGGCCUCCGGUGGCCUUCCCUUUGUUAAGGAUACUUCAGCGCUGGACCCAGUUUUGUCCUCUCUGUUCGAUAAGAGUGAUGGCCCUGUCAAAGCCCCUACGGUACAAUACGUCAAUGUCCCCGCCAAGUCCUCGAAAGCGGCUGCCGACGCUGAAGACGAAGACGAAGACCAGGACCUUGAUGUUGACUCGAGGGAAUCUGAGGAUGAAUUGAUGGAAGAUGCGUCAAAGGACAGCGACUCUGAAUCUGCAGAAGAACCAGCCCCAGAAACACAAGGUCGCAAGCGUAAGCGCGGUGCAGCUGGGGAAGACCUGGAGGAAACAUACAUGCGCCGCAUUGCCAAAGAAGAAGAAAAGGCCGACCAAAAGAGAAAUGAGGAGUAUGCUAAACGCCAAAAGCCUACUGAGGACAGCGAAGAAAGUGAUGCGUCAGAUGACGAGUCUGAAAUUGAGAGAAGUGAUGAUGAUGAGGCUGUGCCCGUACCGGUUCACGAAAGUCUGACAGGCGGCGACAAAGUGGAUGAUGUCGAAAAGUCCAACCGCACUGUCUUCCUGGGAAAUGUCUCUACUCAGGCAAUCAGAUCUAAGGCUGCCAAGAAGACACUACUCCGACACCUUGGUUCGUUCUGCUCUACUCUGUCUGAGUCGACCGGCCCUCACAAGGUUGAGUCGAUCCGAUUCCGCUCAGUGCCUUUUUCAAGCGGUGGUGGUAUCCCCAAGCGGGCCUCAUUCGCCCGUCAAGAGAUCCUGGACGAAACGACUCCCAGUACCAAUGCAUAUGUCGUUUACUCCACCGUGCAGGCUGCUCGCCAGGCACCCGCUGCGUUGAAUGGAAGUGUUGUCCUGGAUCGUCACUUAAGAGUCGACAGCGUUGCUCACCCUGCGGCUAUUGAUCAUAAGCGAUGUGUCUUUGUCGGAAAUCUCGACUUUGUCGACCUUGAAACCCCUGUGGAGGAUGAGAAUGGCAAAAAGAAGAAGCCCAGAGCUCCCGCCGAUAUUGAGGAGGGACUCUGGCGCAUUUUCAACGAGCACACUGGGACCUCAAAGGACAAGAAGGCCCCCAAGAAGAACGUCGAGUUCGUUCGUGUCAUCCGCGACCGCAACACCCGUGUCGGCAAGGGCUUUGCCUACGUCCAGUUCUACGAUGGCAUCAGCGUCGAGCAAGCUUUGCCCUUGAAUGGCAAGAAUUUCCCGCCGCGGCUGCCCCGUAAACUCCGUGUGACUCGUGCGCGCAAGGUGGCCAAAAAAUCCGAGAAUGAUGGCAAAGAUUCGAAGAUGGCUGAAGCUCAGAAGACCCUUCAGGGACGAGCUGGUAGACUCCUUGGCCGAGCUGGCGCUGCCAAGGUCAAGGCGAAUAGCAAGGCCACCAUCUCUGGGAAUUCGUUCGUGUUCGAAGGCCAUCGGGCUACUGAGAACGGUCCAUCUCAAAUCAAAGUCAAGACCAAGAGUCGGGGCUCCAAGGGCUCCAAGGAAAAGAGAAACAAUCGCAGUAACAGGCGGGCAGCUGCUUACAAGGCCGCGGGUGGUAAGAGGCCUUAA